AUGGGCCCCUGUACCGCCUCCUCACGCUGCUGCCAGGUCCACAGUGUGUCAUGGGCCCCCGUACCGCCUCCUCAUGCUGCUGCCAGGCCCCUAAUCUGCCAUGGGCCCCUGUACCGCCUCCUCACGCUGCUGCCAGGUCCACAGUGUGUCAUGGGUCCCUGUACGGCCUCCCAUUGCUUCUGCCAGGCCCCUAAUCUGCCAUGGGCCCCCGUACCGCCUCCUCAUCGCUGCUGCCAGGCCCCUAAUCUGCCAUGGGCCCCCGUACCGCCUCCUCAUGCUGCUGCCAGGUCCACAGUGUGUCAUGGGUCCCUGUACGGCCUCCCAUUGCUGCUGUCUCCAUCGCCACACUCUGCCAUGUGCCACUUUCAGGUCUCCUCACACUGCUGGUGGGUUCCAUUUUGUCAUAGGGUGCUGUAUGGCCUCCCAUUGCUGCUGCCUCCACCGCCAACACUGUGGCAUCCCACACUCUGGUUUUGGCCCCGUGACUGCCCAAAUGAGUGAAUGUGCGGUGAUUCUAAGAUCGACGGCACUCAUCUGCAUGUCAUACUGACUCACAGUAUUAUUUCUCUUCCCUAGCAGACUCCAAGGGCAUUUAAAUUAACGGUACAGUGUUCUGCACUAAUAUAA